UUGCCGGGUAGGCAACCAAGAAUACUGUCGUGACGUCACGAGUCGAUUACUCAGUGGUUGGGGCGUGCCUGCCCUUAUAAUUAUCUCAUUUAUGUGAUAAAAUGGUGAUAUCAAUGUACAAAUCCGUGCUUAUCUCGCUAUGCUAUCUGUCUGUGUUUGCCCCUGAAAUCGACGCAAAUUGCACGAUACCGGUCAUUCUCAGGGGGAAAUGGUUCUCGCGUGAAAAUAACGUUAAUAACCAUGUUGAAAUCAACGAUCGGAUGAUGACCGAUCGGGGGGAGUGUGUGGACAUCCAGGACCACUUCCAUGUCAAUUACACCAUGCUUUUCAAGAACUACGACUGUUACACGUGUGUGAAAAUAAUCGUCCGCACUGUGAAUGUCUUGGAGAAGAUUGAAACCCCGUGUUUCGCCGUGAAACACUACGACGCAUCGGUGGACCGUGUGUGUCGCAAUCUGGACAACAGUCAGCAAAUUAUAACGUUGUUUUCGGAAAAUUACGUCCCGAUUAACUGUCGGUCGUCGCUCGAAGGAGUCUGGAAUUUUGCCUAUCAGAACAGGUUUAAGUUCACGGGGGAGUGUCGCCAUCCAGACGCCCAGAUUAAGUCGUGCCAAACGGCCGGAUCGCAGUUUUUGAUUUCCAACCAAAAGUUCAACAUCACGUACAAGAAGUGUCCCGGGAUGACGGGGACCUUUGAUGGGGUCGUUGAGUAUAGUUGUCUCGGGGCGUGGUUUGUUGGCAAAAACCACUACUUUGCCGUGGCCAACACAAAGGAGUCACGUGACGACGAGAAAUUCCGCUGUUUGCUCAAAAAUCGGGACGAUGAUUUGUACAUUGGUGUCUCGAUCACGGCCGAGUGUAACACCCUGAAGACCGUGGAGCAGAGCCCGGAGCGGUUGCACAUAUGGCCAAUCAAGAGCGAGGUGGUGGAGCCCGGCUGCCGCCUCCCGCAGAACUUCACCGGCGAGUGGAUCAACACGGCCAAUAUUGACGCCGACAUAGUGAUAAACGAGACUCACAUCAUCGAGACGUACUACCCGGACGAGGGUCGUUUCCGAAGGACGAUUUACGUGUGCCGGGAACAAAGGGACACUCGCGUGAUGAUGGCGCGGUUAACAGUCGACGGCUGUCAGAAAGACUACGUCUGUUUCGACUUCGUCCCGCAGCACCACAACGUGAUCAGGUACCGGAAGGGCAUCGCCGUGAUCAAAGACGACUUCCCCACGGUGUGCUCGUGGGUGCAGUUCCAGAACAAGGAGAAGUGGCGCUACGAUUUGUACCUGAAGCGCAAUCCUGUGCCGAUCAAGUGCCCUCUCGCCGGAAAAUUCAAUUUCACUCAAAAGGGAGAAGUGCUUUUUGAAACACGUAUUUUGGGUGGUGUCACGCUCAGUCCACGCCCCAACACGUACUGCAAACAAAACAUUUCCGAUUUUUCGGUCUGUGAUACCGAACAAAAAGAGAUUGCAAUUGACGAGAAUUAUUGCCUUUCGGUGGAUCACCUGGGGCGGCCUGUCGAUAUUUACAGUGAUCCCGAUUAUAAAAUGAAAUGUGUCGGCUUUUGGAAAGAGAAUUUAAAAUCGUAUUUAAUCACGUAUGAUGCGCUUGAUCCCUAUUCGAAGUAUCGCUGUUGGGUGUAUCAGCGCGCCGACUUGAACAGAAUUUUAAUGUCGCAAGCUAUCGGGCCGUUCUGUGAUUUGAAACAAGAUGUGACUUCGUGGAAUCACACGGAGGGCGCGGCUGUCGCCAUAGAGAUGCAAGAGUACGAGAGAGAACGUGACCAAUGUCCCAUGCACUUUGACGACGGCAGCAAUCCAUGGCAGGAAUCUGAAGACGUCGUCCAGGUUCUCACCUUUGGAUUUUUAGGGACUGACUCGGGUGUUAUUACCCAACCGUUUAUUCUUUUAUUUAUCGGCGGUAUAGCGAUUCUACACAUUUUGAGUUAAUCGAGUAACUCAAUUAUUUUCUGGUGGCGGAGCGGGAAAAGCUCCAUUCAUCGUGUUAUUUUUUCGAUUGCCAACAUUCUAUCCAAGUGUUCGAUUAGAAGAUAUUUACUCAUUCCGUCUUUAUUCAUUGUAAUUAGUGAUAAAACUGUUUAUGUGGCCUUGAAUCGCCUUGAACUGUUAUGCAAUUUGCAUCAUUAUGUAGUGUACAAUUUUCAUCUUUGUGACAAUCGAUCCGUCCAUUUAUUUGAUAUUUUAUAUUUUGAUCCGUCCAUUUAUUUGAUUUCUGUAUUGUUUAGUGUUAAAGCAAAUUUACUAACGAUUGCGCACGAUCAUCAUCACUCCGCUAAUAGAAGUGUCAUUUAUCGUUAAUAAAUCGACGUUUUAUACUUAAUAGUGUUAAGUCAAUUUGUAAUAUUUUGUAUGGUCAGAUUAAAUAUUUGUUGAGUA